UUCGACUCUUCUUCUUCUUUGGCCCAAAAACAACUUGUUGAGCAUCAGAAAAGGCUGAUUUGUUGUUUCACGCACACGCACUUCGUGGAACCCAACACGUCAGCAGGUUUAAGAAGUUCCUAACAACAAUUGCAAAAGUUUAAGAUGCGCCAACUGAAGGGAAAGGUGAAGGAGACGCGCAAGCAGAAGAAGGAGCGCAAGCUGGACAACCUGGAGAGCCAGGCCAAAAUCCGGACCGUGGUGCUGCCGGCGGUGGGCGUUCUGGCGGUCUUCCUGGUACUUUUCGUUUACCUGAAAACCCGCCCGGCGGUCUUGGCCUGAUCGAGUAGAGCCUUCGCCAUAAGUUCUAGUUAAGGGUCCGCGGAAAGUGCAAUUGAUUCGUUGUUAACACACAUAGCUUUAGAAGUACCAUUAAAUCGCUAUUCGUCCAU